AUGAGCAGCAAGCGAAUUCGUGUUGAAGAAAGUCAUAAGACCGUGGACCAUGCUAUUUGGCUUGUCUGCGGGCGCAAGGCUUUAAAAGAAGAAUACGAAGGAGCUUCAUUAACACCUCUAGAGAAGCAAGUAGUAUCACUACGCGAGAGCAUUCCUGCGAAUGCGCUUUUACUUGUGGCUUGCGGCUAUCGUGUGAAACUUUAUGGACGAGACAGCCACGUAGUCAGUCGUCGGUCUGGCAUAAUGUGUAUUCGAUCGAAGCCUUUUGAAUAUAGCAGCGUUCCCUACGUGCGAGUGGAGCUGUAUAUUCGCCGUCUAGUUGCUAUGGGAUAUCAUGUCGCUUUUGCAGACCAAGAGUCCGCCGCGGUGCGGGCUGUGGAAGGGGUAAAGUGUGGCAUCUUCCGGCGUACGGUCUCGCACUUGUACAGCCGCGGCACGCUCCUUCCUGGGGAGCAAAUCGUUUCUCAGAGCACCGGCAACGGGAUUGAUGAGGCGGCGAUACCCGAAGUGGAUGAUGAGGAAUCAAGUUCGUAUAACGCCAAAGACAGUUGGGAGGAUGAUGUAAACGCGGAGAAAGGCGACCCUUCUGAGCUUUUCAUGUGUUUCAUCGGUCUAUCGACUACUGACACGUUUACCCCCAUGACUUCAGUUGGUGCAGAGAUUUUGCAAGUUCUCCUUGUUAGCUUUGUCACACGAAGCCGCAAGGUUUUCUUGGUAUCUUCCGCCUCUUCACUGGAGGAUAUCGUUAUGCAGUUUGACAUUGUGGAAGUCAUUGUUGUAGAACAAGGAAAUAAUAAUUUACAUGACAACCAGGGUAAAGAUGCUGGACAUAUGCGGGGAAUCCCCGAGAAGUACACUCGUAUUUUACAAAAUGCACUACUCUUGAACUACGGGCCAACUUUAGUAGGGGAAGAGGACGGAAAGUGUGUUAGUGUCAGUGUAUACACUCAAGAAGAGGGAGAAUCAUUUAAUUCCGCAAUUACAGCCUACCUAAAGCCAUAUAAACUAGACAAAAUGUAUCAAAUGAUGUGUGCCGAGUGCGACCCCAAUUCUGGAAAGGGCAAACCCAGAGGUGGUGGUGGAAGCGUGGCGUUGCAAGAUGGUGUUUCCGAUGGCACGAAGUCUGUAUUGCGACUUCCAGGGAGCACCUUACGUGCAUUGGAAAUAUUCCAAAGCUCUAUCGGCCAUAAGGGGUCCCUCCUCUCGUUACUUGGCCACUGCUUGACACUGCAGGGUGCGAGAACCCUAAGAUUGUGGUUGGCAGCCCCACUAGCCAGUCGAUCCGAUAUCAUGGAGCGUCAGUCGGUUAUUGCUUAUCUUCUCGAAGGAGGUGAGAAGGAUGCCGUGCAGAACCUUCUCCGUGAAUGUGGAAAACUAGGUGAUGUUGAAGCGAUUAUUGCCAAAAUACACUCUCAGCGCUGCACGGUGCUUGAGUAUUUAAGACUGCUCCGUAUGUCUCGUAAUUUAUAUGCUGGGGCUAGUGGUAUCCUCGCAAGUUCCACUCCACCGACCCUGCUAGAGAGCCUCCUCCGAUCUGUGACAACCCCUGCAUUGAAGAAAUUUCUUCAUGAGCAUGCGGCUGAGAUGGAUUUCUCCGUCACAGCGCCAAUUCAACUUUUCACCGGGAAGGGCAUUACGGUUCCUGAUCCACUGAGGAAACAUUUAGAAGACUUUAGCAGCGCACAGGAGGCCUUGACAAGGGAAUUGGAGAGGGUCCGUGAAGUUCUCAGACUUCCAGGUCUUGAGUACCGUACUCUUGCUGGCACAUCGUUUGUGAUUGAUGUUCCUAGUGCAAAAGCCUCUCACAUCCCAGAGGAUUGGAUCGUUCUUACACGAACCAAGAGUAAUGUACGCUACCACACACCGACCAUUGUCCAGGAAAAUCUCUCUCUUUGCGCAGCCAAAGAUCGUCUUGCGGCCACAGCAGCAACACUGUGGCAACAGCGCCAAGAGGCGCUUUGCCAACCUGGCGGUGACUUAGAAAUGCUGGUUGGCGUAAUCAAGGCAGUGGCUGCAAUGGACGUGCUGUACAGCCUCUCGGUGGCCUCAUCGGCGACCGGCUACAUUCCUCCUCAACUAGUUGAAAUCGCAGAAGUGGAAAAACAACGCGACGGUGCAGCCAUCUCAAUCGUUGCAGGCCGACAUCCGGUCCUCGAUCAGUGCUUGACAAACGGUUAUGUAAGCUGUGAUAUGCAUUUGUGCGUUGGAGGCACUUGGUUGCUGACGGGCCCUAAUAUGGGUGGGAAGUCAGCGUUUAUGCGGAUGGUCGGUUGCUUUGUGGUGAUGGCACAAUUAGGAAGCUACGUUCCCGCGGAAGUGGCGACAUUACCUGUAUUCACUGGUAUCUACUGCCGAAUGGGGUCAAGCGACGCGAUUUUGGAGGGAAACUCUACUUUUUUUACCGAGAUGGAGGAUACUACUCGCAUUUUGCGUGCCCCAGAGCUUGCCCGUUCUCUUGUGUUCAUGGACGAGUUAGGUCGCGGUACAAGUAGCUUUGAUGGAUUCUCAGUGGCUGCUGCAACUUUAGAUUAUCUGGUGAGUAUGCACGCAACUUGCAUAUUUGUCACACAUUACCAUCUCCUUUGUGACCCAUUUGUCUCCGGUAGCCUCAGAUCAGAUAGAUUGUCAUCCAUAGGGAAUUCCAAAGUUCAUCAUAGUGUCAGCUCUAAUCCACUAGUAGAAUGCCACUACAUGGGGUUUCGGAUGGAGAAUGAGGAUUCAGCUUCAUCCAACAGUUCUAGUGCUCAUAAGACAACUUCACUGGAGUCCGAUAGCCAACGUGUGAUUUUCACCUACAAACCAUGCCCUGGUGUAACGCCUUCCAGUUUCGGCGUCGAGGUCGCGAAAAUGGCGGGGCUACCCGACCAUGUAAUAAAGGAAGCGAGAAUAAUAAGCCUGAAGGAGGAAGAAACUCAAUCGUUGCGAACAUCUGUACAUCUCUUGCGACAAUUACUGGAGUAG